GUUUGGACUUCCUCGGUACCUAUCGAAACAUCCACGGACCAAAGUUUAUCGAUCUUGUGGAAAUAAGCCCUAAAUACACCGAAAUAUACCAGCUAAGCUUUCAAAACAUCGCAAUGGGUAUUCUAGAUCAUUUCAUGAGGAAAUAUACAUUCGAUAACUUCGCAAGUGGUGGCCUUGAACGAGCUAUACUCGAUUUUGAUAUCGAAAACAACCAAUUAACAGCCAAUCUAUUGGGCCACGACAUGGAUUCGCGAGUCCCUCUGUGUCAGCAUGACAAUGCCUGGAUACGAAUCCCUUCACAAUUCAUGCUGCUAUGUUGGCUGCUUUUGAAGUUUUUAUGGAACUUACUGGCCCAAACGUCAACGCACACAACGUGGAGUGCUUUUUUAUUUCUUAUAACAGCAGUACUUGCUGUCCUCUCAGUUUUAAAAUCAUUUCAUGGGGAAUUUUCACUUGGUAUUUUCCUGGGCUGUGUUUUUACAAUGAUGCUUUGGAGGAUUAUUAUACGAUUAGGCGGAGCGUGAUUGAUAUAGUAAUUUUGAAAUCAAUGUUGAC